CACCCUGAUUGGGGUGGAUGGCGAGAGGAUGGGUGGGGACCCUCGGGCAACGGGGCAGCAACCCUUUUGUAGCCCUUAUUUCCUUGUAACAUGGGGAAGUCCCUCAGCUCUGAGGUAGGGAAGAGGCUCCCCUGGGCUCUGAGCAGGACCCCCACCCACCCACGAAGGAGCGUGGACCCGGAGCUCAGCGUGGCUGGCCGCCAAGAAAGGCUGGGUGCACAAAUCGCUCCCUUCUGGAGAAUGGAGGACUGAAGUCCUGAGGGCCCCUGGAGAAGGCCCGGCUGAGGUAGCCCAGGCACGCCGAGGCAGGGGUCUUGACCGAACAUCUGUUUUAGCGCUCCACUCCGGCCUCUGCAAGCCGUAAGGGCCCCGCUCCUCCACUUCGCCACUGUCUCUGGCGCCAUGGCCCUAGUGAAGCUGCUGCUGCCGCUACUGAUGGCGCAACUCUGGGCCGCGCAGGCGCUGUUGCUCCCGGGAAACGCCACGCGCGUGGACCUUGAGGCGUCUAGCGUCCGUUGCACGCGUGACUCGCAGCCCUGGCAGGUCUCCCUCUUCCAUAACCUCCAGUUCCAAUGCGCGGGUGUCCUCGUGGACCGGAGUUGGGUGCUCACGGCCGCACACUGCUGGAGAAAGAAGCCACUGAGGGCUCGGAUUGGGGAUGACCACCUGCUGCUUUUCCAAAAGGAGCAGCUUCGGUCCACGAAAUCCCCCAUUUUCCACCCUAAGUACCAGCCUUGCUCAGGCCCCAUCCUGCCACACCGCUCAGAUGAACACGACCUCAUGAUGCUGAAGCUGAGCAGUCCUGUCGUGCUAACGCCCAGCGUACAUCCUGUGCAACUGCCCUUCCGGUGUGCCCAGCCAGGGCAGGAGUGCCAGGUCGCAGGCUGGGGGACCACAGCCGCCCGCAGAGUGAAGUACAACAGGAGCCUGAGCUGCUCCAGGGUAACUCUCCUUAGCCAGAAGCAGUGCGAGGUCUUCUACCCCGGCGUGAUCACCAACAACAUGAUCUGUGCUGGCCUGGACAGAAACCAGGACUCUUGCCAGAGUGAUUCUGGUGGACCGCUGCUGUGUGACAACACUCUGCAUGGCAUCCUCUCAUGGGGCAUUUACCCCUGUGGUGCUACCCUGCACCCAGCUGUCUACACUGAGAUCUGCAAAUACAUUCCCUGGAUCCAGAGAGUCAUUCGUUCCCCAUGACCAGCCUCUCACACCCUUCUUCCCCACCCCCUUCCAUCCGGUCAUGCCCACUCACAUCUCUGAGCAUGCAUCCUCUUCCCCCUGCCCACUCCUGCCUGUCCUCUGCUCACAAGUGCAGGAAAUGGUGGCCAAGAAACUUCUAGUACCUCAAGGAAGCUGGCAAUCCCCCAGUCUCUGAGUGUUGUCAGAGUCAUUCAAUCUGGCUUUCUCUACCUCCCUCUUCCACGUGACUGAGGCAAGCCUGGUACUCUGUGUGCCUUAGUUUCCUGUCUGAAAAAUGGGGAAAAUGAAUUGUCUACCUCUUACAUAUGUUGUAUAGAGACCAUGAUGGAAUGUGCAUGUGUGGAUAUUAUGGUAAUUGUCUCGGAGAUGUGGACACAGUCUAGUGAGCUCUGAUUAAACACUACCUGAUCUGA